AUGGGAAAGCAAGUGGGUUCGAUUGAGCCUAAAGGAGAGAAGGUGGAUCAUGGAAAGGGAGCUUCGCAGGCGGUACGGACUAUGUAUAGGCCGACCAAUCAAGCUAUUGGGCAAGCGAUUGACUCUAUUAAAGAAUUACCAAUGGCUAUGACUGACCAAGCACAAGAGGGAUUGAUAGUAGGUGGCAAAGCUGCUAAUGCAUCAGGUUUGGGGGUGGAGGAGGAUCCUAUAGGUCAGGUCAAUAUCGUGACUAAGGAUGGUGGAGACAUCAGCAUUACAUGUAGUGCGCGUGUGGAAAGGGGAGACAAGCAGGAGAACAAGGAAUGUGGGGUUGUUGUCCCCACUUCUAGAACCAUGGAUAAUGGGAAUCUGGAGGUACCAGAUAAUGGGUUGCAGAAUGAUGUUUGCAAAAUAAUGCCGGGAAGACACACGAAUGGCUGCUCGAAGCAGCCUGCUCGCCAAGGCAGCGAUUUCGGCGAUGAAGCUCUCAACUUUGUUUCUGGACUUAGCGUGCGUUGCCUGAGCAACCGACCACAAAGCCUUCCUCAGGGGGCUGUUGCAUCUGGUUUUGCUCCCAUAAACAAUGUUAAUUCGGCUUCUACAAAUCCAGCAGUGCCGUCGAUGGAGCCUGAUAGCUUUGCAGUAGUGGUAGUUGGAGAGUGUUCGCAGCAUUUAUCGGUCGAGUUUUCCCACUUUCAAUUGCUGGUCUCUGUCACUUUGUCUUUUGUGCAUGCCAGAUGUACUGCUUUUAAAGGAGAGGGACUAUGGGAGGGUUUACUACAAGAUAAUCCAGGCAUGGGUGCGUGGCUUGUUGGAGGGGAUUUUAAUGUAGUAACAAAGGCUCACGAGAAAAGAGGUCGUAAGCCUUUCAAUCCUUCUGAGGCAGUAGAGUUCUUGCAAUUCUUGGGUGAAACAAAUCUUCUUGACGUAGGAUUGUUUGGAGCACAUUACACAUGGUGGAACAACCGUCAUGGUCCUGUGAGAAUUUGGAAGAGGUUAGAUAGGGUAUUGGUUAAUGAGGCAUGUUACGACUUAGGUCUCCUGUUCUCGGUCUCGCAUCUAGCUCGAGAACCGUUUGAUCAUGCCCCGCUUUUAAUUUCUGUGACUACAAGAUUGGAUGAUAAGCCACAUCCUUUCAGGUUUUUAAACUUGUGGAUGUCGCAGGAAGAUUUUUUACAGGUUAUUAAUGAUUCUUGGAUGCAACCCCGUGUGGGGUUACCAAUACGGGUUCUUUGUCUUAAAUUGAAACGGUUUAGGUGUGAUAUUCAAUGGUUGAAUAAAGAGGUUUUUGGGGACAUUUUCCAGGUUGUGAAACAGAAGGAAGAGGAGGUGAGACUUGCUGAAGCUAGAAUGGAGGAGGAUGAUUCGGACGAGUCAGGGAUUCACAAAAUAAAGGAUGAGGGAAGACAUUGGGUGGAUUCUGAGGCUAGGAUAGGGGAGGCGGCUGCUCAAUUCUUUGAAAUGCUGUUCACGGACUUGAAGCCCAUUUCUCCUUUGAGUUUGUUAGAGUCUAUUCCUAAGCUCGUGUCAAGGGAGGAUAAUGAGAUGUUGGAGGCACUACCAAGAAAGGAGGAGGUCCGUCGUGUGAUGUUUGACAUGGAUGGUGAAAGCACGCCUGGCCCGGAUAGAUAUACGAGUCGAUUUUUUAAAUUUGCUUGGCAAAUAAUUAGUGAAGAUGUUUUCAAGGUGGUGCUUAGUUUCUUUUGUGGUGCAGAACUACCGAAAGCUAUCACAGCUACUUCAAUUAUGCUAAUUCCAAAGGUGGACCAGCCUCACGACUUUUUGCAAUUUCGUCCAAUCAACUUGUGUAAUUUUUUCAACAAGAUUUUCUCUAGAGUACUGGCCGAUAGGCUUGCUGCUGUACUUCCAAAAAUCAUUUCACCACAGCAAAGUGGGUCUGUAUAUGGUCGCCUCAUUUUGGAUAAUUUUUUACUCGUACAGGAGCUUAUGGCUGGAAUUGGUAAAAGGGCAAAUAGUGGAAAUAUAGCUUUAAAGCUUAACAUGUCCAUAGUUUACAAUUGCAUGUCAUGGCUAUUUUUUACGAUAGUUUUGAGAGCCUUUGGAUUUGGGGAGAUAUGGAUUGACAUGGUUUGGAGUAGGAGUGACAAUUCCUGA